AUGAGUCAAAGUUUAUUAAAUAACUCUAUUUCAACAAACGGAGGUCUUUAGAUUAUUAAAGCAACAGGAGAAUAUUUUUGCGCAUAAUGUCUCUUGCAAUUUUAGAAUGACAAGGAGUAUAAAGUUCAUUACAAAAGCGAGUUGCAUCUUUAUAACAUAAAAAGAAGAAUGCUUGAUCUUAUCCCUGCAACUCCCGAAUAAUUUGAAUUAAAGAAAAAAUAAAUUAUCGAUCAGCAAAAGAAGACUAUGGAUUCAACUAAAAGCGGAGUUUAGUUAGCAGAUGAUUUCAAGUGCAUACCAUGCAAUAAGUCAUUUAAUACAGAAAGUACUUUUAAAGCUCACAUAAUAUCAAAGAAGCACAAAGAAAAUGAAAAAAUUUAUGAAUAGAAAAAGUAAAACCCCUCCACUAACACUAAGGAAGCACCUAAGGCACCAACUGUAACCACAGAUAAGGAUUAAACUGUUUGCUUGUUCUGUGAUAAGAAAUCAGUUGAUAUUGAAAAGAACUUAGUACAUAUGAACAAAGCCCAUAGUUUCUUUAUUAGCGAAGAAAAGUAUUGUGUAGAUAAAAAGGGUUUACUUAAGCAUUUAGGAUUAAAAAUAAAUAUCACAUAUUUAUGUAUUCUCUGUGAAAACAAGGGUUGCAAGCAAUUUAUUACUUCAGAUGCUGUUAAGAUGCAUAUGAUGGAUAAAGGUCAUUGUUUCAUGUAAUCAACUGUCUUUGAUGAAUAUGCUGAUUUUUAUGAUUUCACUCCUCAAAUCGAAGAAGCUGUUGAAUAUCAAAAAACUCUUAAAUAAAAUAAUACUCUUCAUGAGAAGGUUAUUGAAAUUGUCCAAAACAAAAAGGAUGGUGAUAAUGAUGAUGACUGCGAAGAAUGGGAAAGUUGUAUUGAUAGCAAUGAAUCUGAUUACGAAGAUGUUGAUGGAGAUGAAGAACAAGAAGAGUCAUCAAAGCAUAAAGUUAAGAACACCAUCAAAGAGUAGGACGAAGAUGAAGAUGAAAUUUAACUUGAAAAGAAACCUACUAAAGCUAAAAAGCAAAACAAUGAAGAAGAAUGGGAAGAUGAAAAUGAAGAAGGUGAAGAUGAAAGCAAAAAGAGAGAAAGAAUAAAAUAAUAAAAAAAAUAUAGAAUCCAUAGGAUAAAGAUUGCAAAAGCAACUUUAAACGAAAGAGGAGAAUUAGAAUUACCAAAUGGAAAAACCCUUGGUCACAGAUCAUUCAGACAUAUUUAUAAAUAAUAUUAUAGACCUAUCAGCAAUUAUGCUUCUCGUAUGAAAGCUAUUUUGGGAGAAGAAGGAUACAGAUAGAGAUAAUUAGUUUUAGCCACAUAAAAUUUCUAGAUUGUAAUUCAAUUAUAUUAUCAAUUGAAAGAAUUCUUAUUAUUUAUAAAAUAUCAAGCAAUUAAUGAAGAAAUACGAUGCAAUUAAAUCUCACAAAGAAGAAAAAAAUUUAUUAGCCUAUCAAAUGCACCGUAACAAAGUUAACUAUGUCAACGUUGGUAUUUCCCAUAAUAAGCUUCAACACCACUUUGUUCAACAAUGUCCACUUUGAGAAAACUUUAUUAAAUAUCUAUCUUAAUAAAUAUAUAAAUAUGUUUUAAAAAAAAAUAUAAAUAUUAAUUAUUAUAUUCAGAUAUAAAUUAUUUAAAAAUAACUUAUUAUCUCAUCAAAAAUCAAUUAUUUUUACCAAAAAAAAUUUUAUUUUAGAAAUUAUUUUUGAAAGAAAAUUAAAAAUAAAAUUACAUUUUGAAUUUUUAUUUGACUUAAUAAAAAUUAAUUUUGUUUAUAAAAAGAUAUUUUAAAAAAAUAUGUAAAUAUUUAACAUUAAUCUUUACUUUUUAUCAAAUAAAAGAAUAAAUUAUUUAGGAUCAUAAUUAAUUUAUAAAAAUAAAUAUGUAAAUCUAUUGA